AUGGAGCCCCGUGCAGCUCCCCAGGCGCCGGCGGCUGCGGUGGAGCCUCGCGUCGCCUUCCUGAACGACAAGGAUGCCAACCAGCAGCUCAUCACAUCCAAGCAGUACGCGCGCAACGUCAUGGUCACCUCCAAGUACACGGCCGUGAGCUUCGUGCCCAAAUGCAUCUUCGAGUUCUUCCGAGUCGUGGCCAACGUCUACUUCCUGCUCAUCUCCGUGCUGCAGCUAGCGACACCAUGGUCGCCGACGAAUCGAUUCACGACGGCUGGCCCCCUGCUAUUUGUCCUACUAGUAACAAUGGUGAAACAGGGGAGCGAGGACUUCAAGCGCCACCAGGCAGAUGAGAAGCAGAAUCGCCGCUUGUGUCGGAUCAUUAACACAGGUGGCCAGACGGAGAUGAUCGCGUGGCAGGAUUUACAGGUCGGCCAGCUCGUGUGCGUGGAGAACCAUGAAGAACUACCCGCAGACGUGGUGAUCCUCGCCACUUCCGAGGAAGAAGGCAGGUGCUUCAUUGAGACGUCGAAUCUGGACGGUGAGACCAAUCUCAAGCGCAGGAUAGCGGUCAAGCCCACGGCUCAACUUGUCGGCUGGCGCGAGCUCCACGGCGAUGGUUUAUCGCAAGAGGCUGUGUGUGCUUCAGCAGUGCGUCGACUGCGCGGGUCAGUGGAGCACGAACAGCCCAACAAUCAGCUGUACACAUUCACUGGGCGUCUGCUACUUAACGAGGGCGGUCGGGGCGAGACCGCUGUGCCUCUGGGCCCCGAGAACUUGCUUCUUCGAGGCUGCAACUUACGAAGUUGCGCGUUUAUCGUCGGGCUCGUAAUUUUCACGGGCAGUGAGACUAAGUUGCUGCAGAAUUCACGCGCCGCUCCAUCGAAGCAGAGCAAACUCUACCGCACUGCGAACCGCUGUAUGCUGUUGAUCUUCACUACAAUGUUCGCGCUCUGUUUGGCGAGUGCGAUCGCCGCUGCGUCUUGGAGCAGCCACAACGCCAGCCGCGUGUGGUACUUGCCUUUCAUCAAGGAGGGCGACGGCGCGGACGACUUCAUCGUCAACUUCUUCACCUUCCUCAUCCUGUACAACAACCUUGUACCCAUUUCGCUGUACGUCUCGCUCGACAUCAUCAAGGUGCUGCAGGCGAAUCGGAUCACGUCGGACGCGAGCAUGGUGUUCGAAGGGACCCACGCCGUGGCGCGCACCUCGGAGCUCAACGAAGAGCUCGGCCAGGUCGAGUACGUCUUCAGCGACAAGACGGGCACGCUCACGUGCAACGUCAUGGAGUUCCGCAAGUGCUCGAUCGGUGGCAUUUCGUACGGAUUCGGCACUACGGAGAUCGGUCGAGCUGUGGCUGCACUGGCAAGUGUGAAGACGCACGCGACUUCGGGUGCAUCGAGGCAGACGUCGUCCCCAGCGAAGGCGAAGAUCAACCCGCUGGGGUUCAUCGGCGAAGGGAGCGGGAGUGCUGUGCGGCUCGACAUCAACUCGACGGACGAUAUCCGUGAGAUUAUAUCGUCCGCAGGGCCGACUCACUCAAUGAUUCCAUUCGAGGAAGGCGGCGAUCCGAAAGAUGCCCAGGUGCACUUCGAUCCCAGCAUUCACUUUGAUGACCCGUGUCUACUGCGAUCGCUGUACGCUGGGGGGAAGCAAGGUGAGCUCAUCAAUGAGUUCCUCACGCUGCUGUCGAUCUGCCACACCGUGAUCCCCGAGACCGACUCCAAGACGGGCGCUGUCACGUAUCGAGCUUCAUCCCCGGACGAGGAAGCGCUGGUGAAGGCUGCGAAGUGCCUCGGCUACAACUUCGUGGCCCCUGCACCGCUCAUGAAGGUGGAGAUAUCUCGCAAGCAGUCUCUGCUUCCACCCCAUCUGACGCCGCAGUACAAGCCUGAACCGACUAACAAGUGCUUCACGAUUGUGAACGUGAACGAGUUCAACUCGACGAGGAAGCGAAUGUCAGUUGUGGCGGUGAACGAGGAGACCCACGAGUACAUUUUGUACUGCAAAGGCGCCGACAACAUGAUGCUCGAACGGGCCGCAACGGGGCAGAACGAUGGCGACGCUGCAGAUCACGCCAAACUGGUUGGACACUUGAAGAACUACGCGCGUGAAGGAUUGCGUACGCUGGUACUUGGCCGUCGUGUCCUCACUGAAGGAGAAUACAAAGAGUACAAUAAAGCGUACAUUGAAGCGUCGACGUCACUCGAAGACCGCGAAGCUAAGCUGGAUGCGUGUGCCGAGCUGGUGGAGCGGAACAUGCAGUUGCUGGGCGUGACUGCUAUUGAGGAUAAACUGCAGGACGGAGUUCCCUCCGCCAUCUUCGAUCUUGCGCAAGCAGGAAUCAAGGUCUGGGUGCUCACGGGAGACCGAGAGGAGACUGCCAUCAACAUCGGACACGCGUGUCGGCUUAUCAACGACAAGAUGCAGUUGCUGUACGUGAAUGCCGAGCGCAUUGAUGCACUGAGCGCGCAGCUCGACGCAUUGCACGAGACACCCGAGAUCCAGCGCCUCAUUCGAAGCGAGCAGGUAGCCGAAAAUCUAGCCAUGGUUUGCGACGGUAAAGCGCUCGUGCACAUUUUCCCGUCGCGUGACACGCGCGUGAAGAUGUCAGCAGAGGCGGUCGAGCGUGUUAAACUGCUGAGCGAGAAGCUGCUGGACAUUGCGCGCAAGGCGGAGAUCGUUCAGCUCGUACGCAAAGGAGGGCGUCCAGGCAACAAAGCCCAGCAGCCGAUCACGCUCGCUAUUGGGGACGGAGCCAACGACGUCAGUAUGAUUCAGACGGCGCAUGUCGGCGUCGGAAUCUGCGGCAAAGAAGGAGUGCAGGCUGUGAACGCCAGCGACUACGCCGUGGCUCAAUUUCGGUUCUUGACGAGACUGGUGCUGCUACACGGGCGAUGCAACUACAAACGCGUGUGCAAAGUCAUCCGCUACUCGUUCUACAAGAACAUCGCGCUCGUGAUCAGCCUCUUCGUCUUCAACUUCUUCAAUGGACAGUCAGGCGCUCCGCUCUUCGAGAGUUUCGUGAUGGCAGGCUGGAACUUCUUCCUGGCCCUCCCCAUCAUCGUCAUUGGCGUCUUCGACCAGGACAUCCCCGAGGAUGUGGUGCUCAAGUUCCCGCAGCUCUAUCGACGCGGGCAGUUUGACAGCGACCUGAACAUGCGCGUCUUCGCUCGCACUAUUAUCAACUCGGUCGGUCACGCGCUCAUCUGCUUCUUCGGGUGUUACGCGGGUACUUUGCUGGCGUCGCAGGGGCUGUACGUGCUCGGAACACUAUUCUAUACGGCGCUGCUGGGCACCAUGAAGCUCAAGGUCGUGCUGCUGUCGCUCAACUGGAACAAGUAUCACUUCGCAGUCAUGACGUUCAGCAUCUGGCUCUUCAUCUUCUUCCUGCUGGUCUACCCGCACUUCACCUUCAUGAGCUACGACAUGUACGGGGUGCCCUCGCACAUGAUCCGAAUUCAGCGCUACUGGACUCUGCUGCUGCUGUGUCCCGUGGCUGCGAUGACCAUCGACUUCACCGCCACUGCGGCCCAGCAGCAGUUCCGACCGACUGCUGAGGACAUUCUGCGCGAGCGAUUUCGCUCCAACAAGUCGAAGCGCGUCGGUGACUCCGUGGCCCCCAUGGCCCCAACGCACGAGUCCAGCUCCCCCUCCAUCGACCGACUGUUUCUAGCGGGGCAGUCCAUCGACGAAGACAACAAGAGCGACAGCAAAGGCAGUAAGGACGGCAAGCCCACAGCUUUCGCCGUGACAGCCCAACCACCGUCAUCCAAUCGACGUACCGGCAGCUCCAACAGCUUACCGCUGUACGACUCGUUCAAGGCCAGUCUGCCCCAGCCUGAAGCCCGUACUAGCUUCGCCUUCAACGGGCUGGAUGAGCCGUCACGCAGACAUGCUUCGGGUGACUUGCCAGCUCAAGAGGCCGUGACCAUGCGCGUGCUGAGCUUCCAGCGCACUCGCCGACCCAGUCGCUCCAGCUCCUUGAGUCGCCUACCUGCCGUCGUCGUAGCACCGGAACUCGCGUCCUCGUCGCGCCGUGACAACAGUUAA